AUGGAGGCUUUCGAUGUGCAAGAAAGCUUCACAGUGCAGCAGGUUAAGGAGGCGGCAUUCACGCAGUGGCCUACAGAGGGUCCCCUCUCUAAGGAAAAUCCCACAACAGCGGCUGACCUGCGGCUGCUUUGUGCCGGCAAGUUCCUGGAGAACAGCAAGACGCUCAAGGAGUAUCGAAAGGAGAUGGGCGAUCCGGAGGCGGGGACGAUUGUGACGAUGCACGUUCUGGUGCGGCCAGCGCAGGCGGGCAAAGCAGCAUCCAAGCAGCCCGAGGCCGAGAAGAAGGCUAAGAGCGGCUGCGCGUGCGUCAUCUGUUGA